AUGGGGAUCGAGAGCGUUUUAACGAGUGGUCUGACUUCUGCAUCGAGCGGACUUUCAUGGUUUUUCCCGGUUCUUGCAGCAGCGCUCGUCUACUUCCAAUAUGAAGUCAUGGACAGCGAAGCGCCACCGAUUAAUAUACCAUCCGAAGUUCUCCUGCCAUCCUACGAUUUCAUCGUGAUAGGAGCAGGUUCUGCAGGGGCCGUUGUAGCGAGCCGCCUCUCCGAGAUCGAAAACUGGAACGUGCUUCUUCUGGAAGCUGGAGGCGACGAAACCGAAAUCUCGGACGUGCCUCUGCUCGCUGGUUAUUUGCAACUCAGCAAGCUAGACUGGCAAUACAAAACGGAACCGGAAGGAGGCUCCUGCCUAGCAAUGGAACACGGUCGCUGCAACUGGCCACGCGGCAAGGUGAUCGGCGGCAGCAGCGUCCUGAACUACAUGCUCUACCUGCGUGGCAACAAGCGCGACUACGAUAUCUGGGAGCAGCAAGGCAACCCAGGAUGGGGCUCCAGAGACGUUCUCUACUACUUCAAGAAGUCCGAGGACAAUCAGAAUCCCUACCUAACGCGUACACCGUAUCACUCGACAGGCGGAUACCUGACGAUCCAGGAGGCGCCUUGGCACACUCCGUUAGCUGCAGCGUUCGUCCAAGCUGGCCAGGAGAUGGGCUACGAGAAUCGCGACAUAAACGGCGAACAGCACACGGGUUUCAUGAUCGCCCAGGGCACGAUCAGACGUGGGAGUCGAUGCUCCACGGCGAAGGCCUUCUUACGACCGGCCAGGCUUCGCAAGAACCUGCACAUCGCCAUGCACUCCCACGUCACCAAGAUCCUCGUGGACCCCAAGUCCAAGAGAACCUACGGGGUGGAGUUCGUCAGGGACGAGAAGGUGUUUCGUAUCCGCGCCAGGAAAGAGGUGAUCGUGUCUGGAGGUGCAGUGAACUCCCCCCAACUGUUGAUGCUGUCCGGAAUAGGACCCAGGGAGCACCUGAUGCAACACGGGAUCCCCGUGAUCCAGGACCUCCGUGUGGGUCAGAAUCUCCAGGACCACGUGGGUCUGGGCGGGCUGACGUUCAUGGUGAACCAACAGAUCUCCAUGGUGGAGAAGAGGCUGCACAGCGUCCAGGCGGUGAUGCAGUACGCCAUCUUGGGUGACGGUCCUCUGACCGUCCUGGGCGGCGUCGAGGGCCUAGCCUUCGUCAACACAAAAUACGUAAACGCUUCCGACGAUUUUCCUGAUAUCGAGCUACACUUCAUAUCCGGAUCGACGAACUCAGACGGUGGUAGACACAUCAGGAAGGUCCAUGGGCUCACCAAGCAGUUCUACGAUUCUGUUUAUGGACCCAUCAACGACAAGGACGUGUGGAGCGUGAUACCCAUGCUUCUCAGGCCUAAAAGUAAAGGGGAGAUCAAGCUGCGCAGCAAGAAUCCGUUCGAUCAUCCGAUGAUCCAUCCGAAUUACUUCAAGGAGCCGGAGGACGUCGCCACUCUGGUCGAAGGAGUGAAGAUCGGGGUUGCUCUGAGCAGAACAGCAGCGUUCAGACGCUUUGGAAGUGAGCUGAAUUCGAAGAAGUUCCCUGGUUGCAAGCACAUGCCGAUGUACAGUGAUCUUUAUUGGGAAUGCAUGAUCAGACACUAUUCUGCGACGAUCUAUCAUCCCGUAGGCACCUGCAAGAUGGGACCUUAUUGGGAUCCAGAGGCUGUCGUGGAUCCUCAGCUUCGUGUUUACGGGGUCAGUGGCCUUCGCGUUAUUGACGCUUCCAUAAUGCCCAAUCUAGUUAGCGGGAAUACUAAUGCACCGGCCAUUAUGAUCGGUGAGAAAGGUUCUGAUAUGAUAAAGGAGUUCUGGUUGAAAAGAAGAGGUCGGGGCUGA